CAAAGAUGGCUGCCACAGCGGUGCUGUCAUUUUGGUACCGAGGAGAGGGAAGUGCCUAACUCCGACCCCAGUUCAGGCCCCAGUCUUUUCUCCUCGGGGAUUUCCUGUGCUCAGUUAGUCCCUCGACCAAACCUUUGGGAGUCCCUGGCACAUUCUUCAACCCUACACUUAACCAGGGAGCAUGUCUUGGGCUGCUCGCCCGCCCUUCCUCCCCGAGCGGCAUGCCGCGGGGCAGUGUGGGCCGGUGGGGGUGCGAAAAGAAAUGCAUUGUGGGGUCGCGUCCCGGUGGCGGCGGCGACGGCCCUGGCUGGACCCGGCGGCGGCGGCGGCAGCGGCGGCGGCGGCCGGAGAGCAACAAAGCCCGGAGCCGGAGCCGGGGGAGGCUGGACGGGACGGGAUGGGCGACAGCGGGCGGGACUCCCGAAGCCCAGACAGUUCCUCCCCAAAUCCCCUGACACAGGGGAUCCCUCCCCCUUCUCCUCCUGGGCCACCCCUGCCCGCUUCAGCAGCCCCAUCCCUUGGGGGCUCUGGGGCGCCACCCCCACCUCCAAUGCCACCCCCUCCGCUGGGCUCUCCCUUCCCGGUCAUCAGUUCUUCCAUGGGGUCCCCUGGCCUGCCCCCUCCAGCUCCCCCAGGAUUCUCCGGGCCUGUCAGCAGCCCCCAGAUUAACUCCACAGUGUCGCUCCCUGGGGGUGGGGCUGGCCCCCCUGAAGAUGUGAAGCCACCUGUCUUAGGGGUCCGGGGCCUGCACUGUCCACCCCCUCCAGGUGGCCCUGGAGCUGGCAAACGGCUUUGUGCAAUCUGUGGGGACAGAAGUUCAGGCAAACACUAUGGGGUGUACAGCUGUGAGGGCUGCAAAGGCUUCUUCAAACGCACCAUCCGCAAGGACCUGACCUACUCGUGUCGCGACAACAAGGACUGCACGGUGGACAAGCGCCAAAGGAACCGCUGCCAGUACUGCCGUUACCAGAAAUGCCUGGCCACAGGCAUGAAGAGGGAGGCGGUACAGGAGGAGCGUCAGCGGGGGAAGGACAAAGAUGGGGAUGGGGAGGGGGCUGGGGGAGCCCCCGAGGAGAUGCCCGUGGACAGGAUCCUGGAGGCAGAGCUUGCUGUGGAACAGAAGAGUGACCAGGGCGUGGAGGGCCCUGGGGGAACCGGGGGUAGCGGCAGCAGUCCAAAUGAUCCUGUGACUAACAUCUGCCAGGCGGCUGACAAGCAGCUGUUCACGCUGGUUGAGUGGGCAAAGAGGAUCCCACACUUUUCCUCCUUGCCUCUGGAUGACCAGGUCAUAUUGCUGCGGGCAGGCUGGAAUGAACUCCUCAUUGCUUCUUUCUCCCACCGGUCUAUCGAUGUCCGAGAUGGCAUCCUCCUGGCCACAGGUCUUCAUGUGCAUCGCAACUCAGCCCAUUCUGCAGGCGUGGGAGCCAUCUUUGAUCGGUCCCUCUCCAGGGUGCUGACAGAGCUAGUGUCCAAAAUGCGUGACAUGAGGAUGGACAAGACAGAGCUUGGCUGCCUGAGGGCAAUCAUUCUGUUUAAUCCAGAUGCCAAGGGCCUCUCCAACCCGAGCGAGGUGGAGGUCCUGCGGGAGAAGGUGUAUGCGUCCCUGGAGACCUACUGCAAACAGAAGUACCCUGAGCAGCAGGGACGGUUUGCCAAGCUGCUGCUACGUCUUCCUGCCCUUCGCUCCAUCGGCCUUAAGUGUCUAGAACAUCUGUUUUUCUUUAAGCUCAUUGGUGACACCCCCAUCGACACCUUCCUCAUGGAGAUGCUUGAAGCUCCCCACCAGCUGGCCUGAGCCCAGACUCCAGUUUGGGCCAUCUCCGCCUGAGGAGGGCAUCUGUAACGGAGCAUCUGCGCCUGGGGCGGGACCAUGUGCCACACAAGACCUGGGUGGGGCGAACCGAGACCUCCAACAGGACCCAUAAACCCUGCACAUGGGUUACUUGGGGUCCUAUCAGAAGGGACCCCAGUUCCCCAUGGGGACUGGAUGCCUCCCUUCAGUGGCCUUGAGUCUCUGAAGUUGUUAGGAUCUGCCAUGAUUUGGGGUAAUUUCUCAACCCCAGUUUCCCCAGCACAAAGCACUGGCCCUGCUCCUUGGACUUUGUUUCCUGCUCGUCUUGCCUCACUUUGUU